AUGUCUUCGUCUACCUUGAGGCAGCCACCAUCUCCACUACACGAACCACCUGUGGAUCCUGAUGUAAGAAAGGCAGAGAUAGAAAAUGUCAUGAAGACCGUGAGGAUGUAUGAAAGGAUUAGAGUUCCCCUCCAUGAUAGAAAAAAGAAAGGAGCACACGAAAAAGCAAUGAGAGUUUGGGAUGGCCAUGUGCAAAAAAGUACAUGGACAAACCAUGGGCAUAUUGAUCGUCGAUUCGAGGAAGAUUAUCUCAGGGCAAAAGUGGGUCUAGACCGACUUGGAAAUAAUUCAAAAGAAUCAGAGACAGUAGGGUUCAUUGAGCGAUGGCUGGGAUCGAAAUUCUCGGAAGCCCGGUUUCAUAUCAAGUCGCAAUACGGAAUAUUCCCAAAGAAGGGUCCAGAAGAACAAUCGGAUAAUAUGCUGGGCUACCUGAAUAUUCACAUGCUUGAGCAGCCUUUAGUGGUGAUAGAGGCAAAACCGCCAGAAGAAGAUAGGGAAGAGAUGACACCCGCUAAACUGGUUAAGAUGGAGAAUCAAGCAGAACGAUAUUGUCGUGAAUGGCUAAAGCACAACCCGGAUGUACCCUUUAUAUAUGCAAUUACAUUCCGAUCGACAAAUUUUAGAAUGUGGGUCAUGGCAAGAAAAAGAGAUAUGGAAAAGGCGGAGAUGGUGGGAUUGUGGCAACCGAAGAAACGGACAUGGGACGAAUAUAGGGACCCGGGGUUGGACUGCGAUGCCGAGACUAUUAAAGUUGCAAUUAGUCUGAUUAAAGAACACCCGAAUGGCUCAGACUAUGCACUUACUACAACUAGUGAUCCUCAAUCGCAAAGUGAUCAAGCCCCAUCCGCAGUUCCAAUUAGAGCAACGAGAGGAAAAAGUGGAUCGAGACGUGGAACUCCAAGUGGGGAUAGCAAGGGCGAAAGAAAUAGAAGCAGAGAUAGAAGGAACAACAAGUCAGAUGAUCAGUUUUCAAGCCAAGAAGAGACUUCUGAGCAGCGAGCAGAAAGGCACAGAAAGAGAGACAGGGAGAGAGAGAGAGCAAAAGAAUCAGAAAGAUCAGAAGGGAAAAACAAGGAGAAAGAAAGAGGAGAAGGACGUGAAACCUCUAUCAAGGCGCGCUCACUACAACCAAGCGCUCCAGUUGACGUACCACGAUCAUCCUCGAGAGUUCCCAGAAGAUCCAAUACAUCAACCAGUGAGCGUGGAAAUCUAGCAUCAAGUUCCAGUCCCGAGUAUUCUGCACAAACACCAAUACCAACACGCGAACGUCGCGAAAGAGGAGAUACAGAUCGAGCUGAGCGAUCUUCUACCAGAGACGGAAAGCGGCCGGAAGGCUCCAGUAAUAGCAAGCUUAGCGAGCCGAAAAAACGUGAUUUCCAGGCCAGGAGAACAGAUUCUCUGAGCACGGUACCGCCGACUUCGUCGAAUGAUCGGAAUACUUCUAGUAGUGAUAAUCGGGAACCACGACCCAAGAGUACGAAGAAGGUUGGAGAUGCGUCGGCUGAUGCGAGGAGGAAGUCGAAGCGGGAAAAAUCGUCUAUUAGUUGA